AUGAGGGUUCUGAGUUGGUGCUUGCUAUCGAAACAGAGAGGGGUUUCGAUAAAGGUGGGAACUUUGAGAAAGGAAAUUGAGAAUGAUCAAAGUGGUUUUGGGGUAUUUAGAGAUGGUGAUGAGUUUGGGAGUAAGUUGUGUGAGAAUGAGAAUCGAUUCGGUGAUCGUGAUUGGAAAGGUUUUAUUAAUGAUGAAGGGAAAUUCGAGGGGAGAAAAAGCGAAAAGUUAGGCGGUGUGGAAGGAAAUGAAAGAAAUGAAGGUGCUUUUAAGGAAAUAAAGGAAGGGGAUAAAGAUGAGGGGAGUAAUUGGAGUGAGAUUGGGAAUGAAGGCGAUGAUCGUGAUUUGAGGGGUAUUGAAGAUGAAAUGGAAAUAAAGGAAUGGGAUAGAGAUCAGGAGGGGAUUAAGUGGAGUGACAUUGGGAAUGAAGGUGGUGAUCGUGAUUUGGAGGGUAUUAAAGAUGAGAUGACAAACCCUAAAAAUCUAAGUGUUGUGGAAGGAAAUGAAGGUGCUUUGAAGGGAACAAAGGAAGGGGAUGAAGAUAAAGAGGGGAGUAAGUGGAGUGAGAUUAUGAAUGAAGAUGAUGAUCAUGAUUUGGAGGGUAUUAAAGAUGAGACGGAAAUCAAAGAGAGAAACACUGAAAAGCGUAGUGAUGUGGAAGAAGAUGAAGGUGGGAGGGAGAUUAAGAAUGAAGGCAGUGAUCGUGAUUUGAAGGGUGUUAAAGAUGAGGCGAAAAUCAAAUAG